CAACCACUAGAAAACAAAUAAACAAACAACAAUAGUAAAGGAAAAUACUAGGGAGGGAGAGAAAGUAAGUAAGAGAGGAAAAACCAAAACUAAUAAGCAAAGCAAAGAAAAGAAGAGAAGAGAAGAAAAGAAAAACAAACUAUCUCAUCUCUUUUCUUUUCUUUCUUCUCUUCUCAUCUAAUCUAAUCAACCUUGUUCUUCACUCCUCUCUAUCUCUAUAUACAGGGGGUCUGUAAAUUAAGCUCAUUGUUUAAUUUAUUUUCAUUUUUCUUUUGUUCUCUGGAGGAGGAGUAGAUAGAACCAGAACAAGUAAUGGAGAACUUGUCAUCAUCAUCAUCACCAAGACCACAAGAGAUGAGAGAAAACCCAUCACCAAAAAGCAAUGGGAGUAACAGUAGCAGUAGCAGCGGUAGUAACAGUAAUGGAGUUCAACCACCUUUAACACCAAAAACAAUAUCCAGAUCUGAAACUAAUGCAUACCCAACAACUUUCAUACAAGCAGAUACAUCAUCUUUUAAACAAGUAGUUCAGAUGUUAACAGGAUCAACAGAAACAGCAAAACAAGCAUCAAAAUCAAAUUUUGAUCCAUCAACAAAAAACGCAAUACCACCUAUCAAAACAGGGCCUAAGAAGCAAGGUUUUAAACUAUAUGAGAGAAGAAAUAGUAUGAAAAAUCUCAAGAUUAGUCCAUUAAUGCCUGGAUUUAUGCAACAGACUAACUCUGGGUUCUCACCAAGGAAUCAAGAGAUCUUAUCACCAAGUAUACUUGAUUUUCCUUCACUUGUUCUUAGUCCUGUCACUCCUUUAAUUCAAGACCCAUUUAACAGGUCUCCUCCUUCAUUAACUUCUAUGGGUACUACUAAUUCUGUUGGCGUGGCUGAAGAAAGAGCAAUUGCAGAAAAAGGUUUUUAUUUGCAUCCAUCCCCAAGAGCUUCGACACCUGGAGCUACAGAACCAAGGCUACUUCCUUUAUUUCCUGUUACAUCACCGAGAGUUUCAGCUGCAGGUACCUUUAAGGGAUGCAAAACAAUCAAAGGUUUAGCAAGGAAUCCAGAGGAAGCAGAAUGUCUAGCGGUGCUGGAAACUAUCAAAUGGGCACAUAGCAAGAACCUGUCUUCUAUCAGUAUUUACAGUGAUGCAAAAAAAGUGAUUGAUUACUUGAAGAAUAAAAACGGUAGUCUCUGUUGAUUUAGUUGCACAAUCAUGGAUGACUGUAAUCUGUUAUUAAACUAUUUUUCUUUUAUUAGAACUAGUCACCUUAGAAGAAAUCCCAACUCUAUAGCAGACAAAGCUGCUAAGCAUUGCAGGCGUUUCAACAUUUGUAAUGAGUGGUGGGAAAUCAUCCCUGAUUUCUUAGCAAAACUCUUGUAAUACUGGAAGCUCUUCAAUGCAAUAUUUUUUCUUAC